UUACAACUCUUCAUGGCCUCUGACAAAGGAUUAGAGAUUUACUCCUCAGAAGAAGAAUCCAUAAAAUCUGUGCAGUACGGAGAGUCUACAUAUGCCGUCGACUAUUUAUAUUCACAGGAUACAGUGUUUGCUGCUACUUACAAUGCAAUUUUAAGAACAGAGUAUAAUAACUUCUUCUUGAAAUUCAACACACUGAAGAAAGUUUACUAUAAUUAUGGGAAAAUACAUGAUCUAUCAGUUGACUGGAAAGAUAAAGAGAUAUACUGGCUUCCAUUGGAACAGUUCUAUACUUCAACGUCCUGCUAUAAAUAUGACUUGGGUUUUACACAUCGAAGAUGGUUACACCUUCCAUCAGGGCACGUACAAUUGCGUUUGGAUCCUUUUGUCAGAAAAAUCUUUGCCAUCAAAGAGGACGCCCUGGUGUCAUACUCACUGGAGACAGAAUAUUACAUGGUCUUCGAGAAUCUAAAAAGUAGAAUCCCCAUCGUAAAGAAAAUAUCUGUAGACGUUCAUCACCAGCUGAUAUACGUAAUAGGGGCACACGAGGAGAGCUCGGACCAGUACUACUUGGCUACAGUGGACUACGAUGACUCUCCCUCUGAGUUGCAUGUGCUCUACAGUGGAACUUUGUGUCACAAUGCCUUCAGCCUGGACGUGUACAACGACACCGUUGUGUGGGGAACCCUUAGGGAGGAUUGGUACUCUAUACACGUGUGUCGUCUGGCUCCUAGAUGCGACCCGGAUAAAAUUACACGGAUCUACUAUUCCAGUGAGGCGAUUCAUGACAUUAAAAUAUAUCAUCCAGAGAGACAGACGCCGAGCGCAAAGUACUUGUGCGCCAGUUACAACUGUUCCCACGGCUGCGCAAAGUCCUCAUCUCACACGGCCAACUGUACUUGUCCUGAAGGGAUGGUCCUCGACCAUUACAACACUUGUCGAGAUGCCGAACUCACCAAAUGGUUCUCCUCGGUCGAAUCUCCGACUCAGCAAGAUGCGCCUGAUACUGCCAAUUACGUCAUCACUAAAACAAAACAAUUCCUAUGUACACUAUUUACCGAUCACUUAAAUGUCGUCAUUAUGUUAGCGUCAACAAUGGCCCUGGUGAGCUCACUGUGUCUCUAUAUAAAACAGAGGAAAACGAACAAACGAGUAAACAGAAUAUCUAGUGUCACUGAAAUGAACGUGAUUGAUAACGAAUAUGUAGAAAUAGCCGACUGGAGACGAGGGUACAAUUUAAAAUAAUACUUGCUAUUUAUAUUAUGUUGUCGAUAUUUAAUCAAAUAUUUCAAAGAAAAAUGAAGAAAAAUUUUAUGAUUUGUACCUUAGCAGAAGCCUAGAGCAAGUUUGCAUUGCACAAACAAAUCUAGUUUUUCUGGAAAUCGACGGGGAAACUUCCCUAAGAACGAUAUGAACGAAAAUUUGCGGAAGGGGUCGAAUGGCGGGGUAUAAAAAGGGUAAAAAUAUGAAAAACAGUUCUUUCUUAGUUUACAUUUUUUGUAACUUUAGAUGCUUAAAGCCAAACGUCAAACACGUCAAAGACCCUUAAAGGGACGACUAACCCUGUAUAUAGUUGUCUGACGAUGUUUAAUUGUUAUUUAUGAGUAUCACGGUCAGUUUGGAGUAUUUCGGGUUCAAACCUCCCUCCCAUUGCAACCUCAAGGAGGGUCACUUCUGGCUAGUGUAUACCUUCCAGUUGAACCCACCACUGGGCACAGGAAAAACCGAUGUGUCACUUAAAUCUGGGCAAACUUAUGGAUGUCCAGGAGCGGCACAUCACUAACCGUAAAUGCCGAG